GUCAAUCAGCCUGUGGACACAACAUUUCGGCGCGUGGUCUGUCAGGGGACAGCGACAGGAGCAGAGAAGAUGUCGGCUCAAGCGCAGAUGAGGGCGAUGCUGGACCAACUCAUGGGUACUGGAAGAGAUGGGGACAGCAUGCGCCAGAGGAUCAAGUUUACUGAUGAGAGGGUCUGCAAGAGUCACCUUCUAAAUUCAUGUCCCCACGACAUACUUUCGGGCACUAGAAUGGACCUGGGAGAGUGUGAGAAGGUCCAUGACUUAGCCCUCAGGGCAGAUUAUGAGAUUGCCUCUAAACAGAAGGAGUAUUUCUUUGAGCUGGAUGCAGCAGAACACCUGCAGUCAUUCAUAGCUGACUGUGACCGGCGGACAGAGCUUGCCAAGAAACGUCUUGCUGAGACGCAAGAGGAGAUAAGUGCUGAAGUUGCUGCAAAGGCAGAACGCGUGCAUGAGCUGAAUGAGGAGAUUGGGAAACUGCUGGCACGAGCUGAGCAGCUGGGUGGGGAAGGCAACGUGGAUGAAGCGCAGCAGGUGUUGGAGAAGGUAGAGAAGACCAAAGCCAUGAAGAAGGAGGCUGAGGAUAUUUACAGGAACUCCAUGCCAGCCUCAAGCUUCCAGCAGCAGAAACUGAGAGUUUGUGAGGUGUGCUCUGCCUACCUUGGUCUCCAUGACAAUGACCGGCGCUUGGCUGACCACUUUGGUGGAAAGCUGCAUCUGGGAUUUAUUGAAAUACGUGAGAAGCUCGACAAGCUCAGGAAAACCGUCGCAGAGAAACAGGAACAAAUGAGGAUGAGAAGACGGGAGGAGCGAGACAGAGAGGAGCAACGAGAGAGGGAGUGGGAACGAGAGCGGGAGAGGGAGAGAGAAAGAGAACGUGAGAAAGAGCGAGAGCUUGAGAGAGAAAGAGACAAGCGGAGAACAAGAUCCAGAAGUGGGGACCGGUAUAGAGAUGGAAGCAGUUCCUCCCGUCAUUCUAGGCGUCACCAGUCGUCUCGGUCGCGUGAGGAAGGAGGAGAGAGGGACCGAGACCGAGACCGGGAGAGGAGGCACAGACACAGGCACAAGGACAGACAGCGCUCACGCUCACACUCCCACCCCCACUCCCACAAGGGCAAGAAGAAGAGGUCCUCUAGAGAGCGUUCACCACCCCCCCAACGGGAGAGGGGCUUCUCUCCAAGCCAGGAGCUGGGCCGCGAGGAGGGGGGCCCGAAUGAGCUGCCUAACAGGGAGUCCGAGAGGAUGAUGAUGAUGGACGAGGAGUGGUCGGCCUCACCGGACGUGCCCCGAGGGAGAGAACACUCGCCAUCCUUGGAAAGAGAGAGACGCUCCAGUUCAGAGGAGCGCGAGUCCGGGGAGCUCUAGAACAACAAACAGGGAGGGAAGAAUGGUUUACCGAGCCACUGAGAGCAUGUGUGCGGGGCUGUUGGAAGGUGUGUGUGUGUGUGUGUGUGUGUGUGUGUGUGUGUGAGAGUGAUAGGUGGAUGUUUGGAGUACAUUUACUACUAUGACGUGUGGGUGGGAGCAGCUGACAGCGAGGUAAAAUGGGUUGGGCCAGGCUAAAGGAUGAGCUACAGUGCUAGGGAACAUUGAUGAGGAGGAAAAUUACCUCAGCAUUGGUAGACCAUCUCCUCUGAGGAGGUCACGGGGAUGAGUAAGCAGGAUGGCGGAAGAUAAGGAGGGGGUAAUGAAGAGAAGGAGGGUGGAGAUCCUACCAAAGGCUUCAUUUUAGCUUCUUUUUUUAAGCAAUCACUGUAAUGAACAUUGUUUCUGGAUAUUUGCUCCCUUGUCACUGCUUAAUUGCAUAACGGAUGGUUGUGUUUUAUGUACAAAAAAGUCUUUUCCUACACAAUAUAUGUUUAAAAAGUUUUUUUUGAUUAUUUUUUGAUUGACUGACUGAGUGUCUUGAACAGUCUCAUCCCCCAUGGUCAGACCUUAUUUCAUCUACUCACCAGUAAAAUAGAUUCUUCUUUAGGUAGCAGAGACUGAAGGAUCAUUAUGGUGCAAUCUCAUGAUUUGGGCCUGGACACGGAAGUGGCUCUGUCAGUGAUGAGUGAAAAAUAUUCCCCACAUAUGUAUGAUUCUGUUGUCAUAAAUUGUUUAAAUGUAAUUUGGUGUUAAAUGGACAUGAUCAGUUGUACAUGUUUCAUUGAAAAGUAUACGAACCCCUUGAGGAGACUGUUUGGUUCUUACCUUUCUUUUGAAUAAAACUUUUCUGCCUGAAGCAUACCGAGGAAUGAGAGUGCAUUGGCAUGCAGCUUUUAAGGUGAUGGGCUAUGUGGAUACCCCGGCUCCUUGUGCUGUUCACAACAAAUAAAGAUUUAUGCCUCUGA